GCAGCCUGGCGGGGUCAUUCCCAACUGGAGGCCUGACGCAUGGCUGUGUGGGGCCCGGCUGGCCGCCUUGGCCUGCGCGGGCGCCUAGGCGGCGCCCGGCUGUUGUGUCCCCGUUUCCAGAGCCGCGGCCCCCAGGGCGUGGAAGACGGGGACAGGCCCCAGCCUUCCUUGAAGACACCCAAGAUCCCCAAGAUUUACACCAAAACAGGAGACAAAGGAUUUUCUAGCACCUUCACUGGAGAAAGAAGAGCCAAAGAUGACCAAGUGUUUGAAGCCUUGGGGACGACUGAUGAAUUAAGUUCAGCCAUUGGGCUCGCUCUGGAAUUUAUCACAGAAAAGGGUCACCCUUUUGCUGAAGAGCUUCAGAAAAUCCAGUGCUCGCUGCAGGACAUCGGCUCCGCCCUGGCCACGCCCCGCUCCUCGGCCCGGGAGGCUCACCUAAAACACACGGCAUUCCAGGCCGGCCCUGUCCUGGAGCUGGAGCAGUGGAUCGACAAGUACUCCCGCCAGCUCCCCGCUCUCACUGCGUUUAUUCUGCCCGUAGGUAUGGGGUCGCCGCGCAUGUUCUGUGGUGUGAUGUGUGUUUCCUCCCUUUCCAGCGUGGUGCCGCUUGUCCAGAUGGGCGAGACAGAUGCAAAUGUUGCCAAGUUCUUAAACAGACUCAGCGACUAUCUCUUCACAUUAGCCAGAUACGCAGCCAUGAAGGAGGGGAAUCAAGAAAAAAUAUACAAGAAAAAUGACCCGUCCAGCCAAGCCUGAGGCACGGGGAAAUAUUGGAAAAGGAAGGAGCGCUUCGUCCGCCCCUCCUUGGCGAUGAUGGUGGAGAGACGUUUGCCCUGCACGUCCCGGCAUCCGGAGGUCUCCCCCACGGGGGCUGGGCACUGGUCUCCUGCCUGGACGGCUCUCUGGCCUGCCGCUUCCCUCCAGAGCUGCGGCUCUUUCAGAAUUUGGCCCUGCUCCCCUGGGUCCUCCUGGGUCUCAGAGGAAGUGGGAGUGAACUUGGCAUUGCACGAGUGAGGUGAGGUGGUCGCUGUGCUGAGGCGCCACAGAAAAAAAUAAAAGUAGAAAGACU